AUGAUUGAAAGAUUGAGCGAGUUAAUGAAUGAUGUGUGGACGGGUAAAGGUUUUCCCAGGGAAUGGAGAGUAGGGCAAAUAUGCCCCAUUCAUAAAAAGGAAAAAGAGUUGCUAAAGGAAGGAGGUCGGGUAUAUGCACUGUUUGUUGACCUAAGAGUCGCGUUUGAUACGGUGGACAGAGAGUGUUUGUGGGAAUGCAUGGAGAGAAGAAGACUGAGUGAAAAGUUAAUUGCAGCAGCAAGAGAGAUCUAUAGAAAGACAGUGACUAGUGUGAGAGUGGGAGGAAUAGAAAGUGAAAUGUUUUGGACGACGAAAGGAUUGAGACAGGGAUGCCCAUUAAGUCCCAGUCUGUUUGUUUGUUACAUAAGCAAUAUCGAGGAAAUGUUUAGAGGAGUACAAGCGGGAGGAAUUGUGGUGGGGAGAGAAAAGAGAAAGAAGGGUCAAAGCAAUAUAGAUAAUGGGAAUGGUGUGGAGUAUAGGUGA